UGAAAGAAAGGAACGGAGAUAGGGAGAUCGCGGACUAAAUGAAAUCUGAACAUAUCGCUGAACUUAUCAUAGAUAUUUUUCCUCCGACAGGUGGCAGGAACGUCGCGUGGUGCUACUGGUCCGAACUGGGGAGAUGGUGAGGGCGGAGUCACUGGACUGAAGGCUGAAGGCAACUGUGUGGUGGCGACACCGACACACCGAGCCAGCUCCCUAGCAACGCUCAGUGCACUGCUGGAUAGAAAGAAUUAACUCUGCCGACAGGUUUUGGUCCAGAGAUGUGUUACUUUUUCUCUGUUCGGAGGACAUCUUAAAUGCCGAAGAUACUACCUAUUUCGGGAAUAUUGUCUCAAAAGGAUUUUGUGGGGCAUCGGGACGCGUGAAGAAUAAAAGUUUCCUUUGGAAAGUAAAGAAAAACGCACUAGCCUAUUCAUGUGCCAACCGGACACAGAGCUAUAUCAAAAACAAAAGUAAUCCAUUUCGGACGCAGUGCAGCCUAGGCUAUGCUGUAUUAGUCUCCCCGGUCUGAUAACAUGUGUCAGACACUUGUUUCCAACAGUAGGCACUUCCAUCCCAAAUGAAGACAUCGUGGUUGAAGAACUGUGACAAAGGCGACUCUUAUUUCGACCACAUCUAAGGAGCUGAGAUAUCUGCAACUUGCGUGGCUCGCUUGUCAAAACCGGAGAUGAGUUGCUUCUGUGCGGUCCAAGAGGAGUUUUAUUGCGAAGUGCUCCUCUUGGACGAAACGAAACUUGCUUUGACCACUCAGCAACAAGGAAUCAAGAAGUCCACUAAGGGAUCUGUGGUUCUGGAUGUGGUGUUCAGCCAUGUGAACCUGGCAGAGACGGACUAUUUCGGCCUGCGCUACUGUGACCGGAGCCACCAAACAGCACAUCCAGCACAGAUCACAAUCUUGAGCAUCUGUAUCAGUUCUGUUCAUCAGUGCCGCAGCAGCGGCAGUAGCAGCAGCAGUAGCAGCAGCAGCAGUAGCAGCAGCAGUAGCAGCAGCAGCAGUGCCCCAUGCCUUCACUCUUCCUUCCCCAUACGCAGAGGAGGCAUGGAGCUCACUAGUACAUACUGGCUGGACUCCUCCAAAACGCUGGCUGAGCAUAAAGACCUCAUUACAACGGGGCCACCCUACACUCUUUACUUUGGUGUCAAGUUUUAUGCUGAGGACCCCUGUAAACUCAAGGAGGAGAUCACCAGAUACCAGUUCUUCCUCCAGGUGAAGCAGGAUGUCCUGCAGGGCCGCCUGCCGUGCCCCGUAGACGUCAGCACGCAGCUGGCCGCUCUCGCCAUCCAGGCUGAACUGGGUGACUACGACCCCUACAAGCAUGUCGCAGGCUACGUGUCGGAGUACCGCUUUGUCCCCGACCAGAAGAAGGAGCUGGAAGACGCCGUAGAGCAAAUUCACAAAACCAUAACGGGUCAGGUUCCUGCCGAAGCAGAACUCAAUUAUUUAGGCAUCGCCAAAACACUGGAAAUGUAUGGAGUGGACCUUCACCCAGUCUUUGGAGAAAACCAUUCUGAAUAUUUCCUGGGUUUGACUCCAGUUGGAGUGGUUGUGUAUAAGAAUAAAACACAAGUUGGAAAGUAUUUCUGGCCAAGGAUAACAAAGGUUUAUUUUAAGGAAACACAAUUUGAGGUCCGUGUCGUUGGAAAAGAUUGCAAUGAAACAUCCUUUGUCUUUGAGUCCCCGACUAAGAUGGCCUGUAAAAACCUUUGGAAAUGUUGUGUUGAGCACCACACCUUCUUCAGAAUGCCAGAGAAUGACUCCAAUACUCUGACAAGGAAGUUGUCUAAAUUCAGUGCACUUGGCUCCAAGCAUCGCUACAGUGGGAAAACAGCAGUCCAGAUGGGGAGGGACCAGUCUGCCAGCCUGCCCCGGGCGGACCUCCAAGUGGUGCGGAGCCGCAGUAAGACCUACCCCAAGAGAGCCCAACAGACAGCUGAACUGACCAAUGGGAGCCCACCUGCCUCGAAAGCGGAGCAUGCUGGGAGUGAGCUGACCGCUAAAACCACGGCACCAUGCCCGCUGAAGAGCUCCAAAGCGAACAAGGCAGAGAACCAGCCAGAAGAGUCUCGAGGGAAAAGCGGCGGUGCUCCAUGGGACGAGAACGCUCCACAGAGUGGUCUGUAUAAUUCAGCCAAUGAGCGCAAUAAGUCCCCAAAAUUUCCCAACGCCCGCAGACGCACCCCUUCAGGCGGCAGUGAGAACGAGACCAAUCACUCCUCCAGACGCCGGAGGGGCCAGAGCAAUGACGACCCAGAGAGCAAGCAGCAUCGGAGAAGGUCACGUUCCCGUGGCAACACCAGCAGUGGUAGUGAGUCUGAGAACUCCAACCGGGAGCACCGCAAGAAGAGGAGCUGGUCCCGUCAGGAGAACGAGAUGGUGGACUCAGGGCCCCAGUGGGAGGCUGUACAGCGGCGUCAGAAGGAAAAGUCCCACAACGAGCCCAACCACCGGCGCUCGAGACACCGCUCACGAUCGAGAAGUCCUGAUGUGCAAGCAAAGGAACAGUUGUGGAAACAUAUCAAGAAGGAGCUGGUGGAUCCUUCUGGACUGACUGAGGAACAGCUCAAAGAGAUCCCCUAUAAGAAAGUGGAAACCCAAGGUGACCCAAUCAAGUUCCGCCACUCACAUUCCCCAAGGAGCUACCGCCAAUAUCGCCGAUCCCACUGCUCAGACGGGGAGCGAUCGGUGCUCUCCGAGGUCAACUCUCGGACAGACCUUGUCCCUCCCCUUCCCGUCACUCGCACUGCCGACGUCCCAGGCUCAAGCCACACCCCCACGCAGAAAAAGGCCGGAUCGAAGGACAACAUCUCGGAAAGCACCGACCCGGAGUCUAAAAGCAGCACCAAGGGUUUGAAGGCUGUCAGCACCCCCCGGACCAAGACAGAAACAUGAUGGGAUUUACAGUAUGUGAGGAUGUACGUGUACGUAAAGCGACAGUAUUGUCUCUCUAGUCUACAAAGGAAAAGCCUUUGCAAGAUUGGGGGGGGGGGGGGGGGGUUGAUAAUUCGACUAAAGACAUUUCAACUGUACUGACCGACCGAAGGGACAUUGCAAUGCACAUGCCUUUGCUUCAACACUCCUCUCUGCAUCCUUCUCACAUCCUCUGAGAGCGCGCUGGCUCUCCACUCAGUGCAUGCUCGCUGGGGCCAGUUGAGCUGCAGUAGAGCCCAGACUUAAGGGCAGCCCUGCUCACAGAGGAGGGGAAGAAGAGCUCAGGCCUGGGGCCUCCCAGCUGUUCACCCCACAGACUCUCUCCAGGGAUACAGAUGGGACGUGCCACAGGGAUAGCAGUUCCCUCAAAAGCUUGGAGAUUGCAUAUAGAACAAUACCUUCAUUAAGAGGUCGGAAAUAUUUCGUGUUCGUGUUUUAUAGAGUGGAAGCCUAAAAAAUGGAAACCCAAACAGGUUUGACAUUUGAACUAGGUGUGCCUGUACAUACGCAAAUGUAAUAAUCCCAGGGGACAGUAAAGUGACACUGCAAAGUGUAAAAAAUGUAUUACUGUAUAAUGGAAGACUGUCUUGAAUGGGAGGACAUCCCUCUUGGACUUUUGGUCAGCCCCCUUCACAUCCAUCACAAUCCUGUGACACUACCCACAAUUAAUCAUGUCUCAUUCGUUUCAACAUCCUAUUAGGUAUUAGGGUUUGUAUUGUCCCACAAUGGAUUUAUUUAUCCAUGUCCUUUGUCAUACACUAUUUAGUAGUUUAGACUUAAUAAAAAAAUCCCUGUCCUGUUCUUGUAUCUUCUCAACAGUAUCAGUGAUCAUUGUCAUGUAGCUGAAUUGCAGUCAUCAUUUGUUUUCUGUUUAUUGUAUUCUGACAAUCAGAUGACAGUACUAUGUGGAUCAUUUGCAUUUGUGUUUUCUCACUGCUCAUUGUAAGAUAUCAUCCACUCAGAUGGCAUGUCAAUCAAAGCUCCCUACGGUUUCACAUAUUUGUUUAAAAAGUCAGUGUUAAGUCCUGUUCAACUCAUCUCGUAUGAAGACCACUGUGAACGCUGCUUGGAUAUCAUGUCUUCUUAUCGUCAGGUAUUAGUUUUAUUUUUGGCUAUAGGAAAACCUUGCUGCUGUAUUCUUAAACAAGAAUUGUUUUGCACAUUAGUUAAGUAGUUUUGUCUUUUUCUGCUGUCGUAAUGAAAAAAGAACCUGAAUCUCAUUAAUAAAGUCGUUUCACACUAAAA